AUGAUCCAUGGUAACGACGUUAGUAAUGAAAUAGUUUCAAAGAGUAUAAAGAAAAGAAAAUAUGCAUGUGUUGAGUGUAGACAACAAAAAUCUAAAUGUGAUUACGACGAGUUUGGAAAAAAUCCAUGUUCUAGAUGUUUAAAGAAGGGAAUUCAAUGUAUUAUUAAAAAAGAUUUUAGACGAUUGCAAAAAAGAUCUAAAAUAAAUAUUGUUCAGAAACAAGUGCCGUAUUUAUAUAGUAAGAAAUUAAGUAAUAACAGUACUAUAAAAAGGACAUUUGAAAAUAGUUGUAAUAAUAAUACUAUUUUAAUAGGUCAUAAUAAUCAUAAUAUAAAUAGUAUAGCUAUUAAUCAAAAUCAAUUACAGAGGUUGAAAUUUGAGGCUAAUAAUUAUCCAAAUACACCAAUUAAAACCACAAAAAAAUGUGGUGUACAUACUAAUUUACUAACUACAGUACCAUUCCCUUCAGAUUCAUUAAACUGUUCUUCAAAGAAAUUAGGUGAUAUCUAUAUAACACCUACACAAAUUUCAGAUUUAUUUCAGGAGUAUUACUGCAGAUAUCAUCCUUUUCUUCCAGUGGUGAAUUUAUUUAGAGGGCCUGAAAGAAUUUAUAAUUUAUCACCAUGUUUGUUUUGGGUUAUUAUUUUAACUGGGUUACGGCAUAAACGUGAAUAUAGAGAUAUGAUGAAAAAAUUGACUCCCUUAGUCAAAUCUAUUUUAGCUGAAAUUACUAUAUCUCCUAUAACUUGUUAUACACCAACUGAGACAGACGAACCUUUGUUAAAUGUUGCAUCAGUUUAUUCUGUACAAGCUUUUCUUAUUUACACAUUUUGGCCCCCUUUAACAUCUUCAUUGAGUGCUGAUACUUCUUGGAAUACUAUUGGUACAGCAAUGUUUCAAGCUAUUAGAGUAGGAUUAAAUUCUGCAGAGUUUUCAAAGGAAAGUGACACAGUAAAUUCAGAAUUAAAACAAGAGCAAAUAAAUACGUGGAUGGCAUGUAAUAUUGUUUCUCAAAUAGUGGCAACCUCUUUCGGAUUUCCUGCAUAUGUUUCAUUUGAUUCAAGUAUGAUUAAUCUGUCAGAUAAUUCAUUAUAUAAAUAUGAUGCUAGUAACCAAACCAUAAAGUUUAUGAAUAUAUUAAAACAAAUGGCGCAGAUCGUAUUUUUUGAGAAUCAAGUGCAAUCUACAUUACAUGCUGACCCAGGUAAUUAUCUUGGUUUAAUGAAUAUAAAAGAAAGAAUUCCACUGAUCUUACUUCUAAAUCAACAACUAGAUCAAUUAGAGACAAGGCUGAACCAUACUGUUUGUUCACAAGAAACGGGUAUUUCAAUUGACAACAUACGACAAUUUCAACUUUUAUUAGCAAGAGUUCAUUUACUCUCUUAUUAUUUUAUUGAUGAAUCUAGCCAUGAAUUCUUAUUUGAAUCCCAAAUAGGUUUAAUAAAACUUUAUAAUUCUACUGUUGCUUUAUUGGAAUAUACAGAGUAUAUGAAUAGUAGGGAUUUAAAUGUCAUCAAAUAUUUCCCAGGUGUUUUUGUUUUAAAUAUAUGGCAGUGUGCAUGUAUUGUAAAUAAAUUGGUCCAUUCAAGUUUGAAUUCAGUUCUAAAUGUAGAAAGGGGAACAAAAGUUUACCGAGGGGUCAUACAUCUUACCGCAAAUGCAUCAAUUAUUGAAUAUGAUACGGCACACAGAUUCUCCAAUAUCUUGAAGAACAUAUGGAGUAUGUUUGAUAAUUCUUUUAAAAUAAGGCAAAGCAAUGUGAAUCAGGACUUAUUUUCUUCUAAUUUUAACUUAUCGCUAACAAUUAAAAGUAGAAUGGCUGUCAGUACAUUUUUUGACUGUUUAUAUCAUUUAAAACAGAAUUGUGGCAUUGUUAAAGCUCAGCUAAAUGAGGUUACUCAUAAAAAUGAUAAAAGUUUUGUAAGUAACAAGGAAGAAAUGGAUGAAGAUGUUCGAAAUAUUAUUAAAACAACUCCGCUGGAUCCGCCUCCUGUCAAUGCUUCUGCAUCAUCAAGUAGAUUGGUUAGUGCAACAAGCCCUAAUAAUAAUAUAAAUAUAUCUACUCCUAGUGGUAAUAUUAUACCUCUGUCAAAAAUACUAAAUGGAGUUUCAACUGUAGAUAUAUGCAAUGUAACUGAUAUGUCCAAUAUAUCAUCAAAUAAUUACUAUGAAAUGACACAUAUUGCACCGAAUAAAAGUCUUAAAAUGUCACACUCUAUGGAAACAGCUGUUAAUUCUAAUGUCACUGUCUCCUCCAAUAUUGGGUCUAGUGAGUCAGUAACUGAUACACAGAGUUAUUGGAGAACAGAUUUAAAUAUGAAUGAUUUAGAUUUGUUGUUAAAUGAAUUUGCAUUUAAUCCAGCAUUACAAUAA